GCAAGGAGCUCUAUGCUAACAGUGGUGCACGCCAACAUUUCUUUCGAGGGAAAAUUGAUUUUUCCAUUCACAUUCAAAUUCAUAUUUCAGUUUCAUCAGUCGCCAUGUUUCUUCUCAAGGCAUGGAGAUUAGUAGCAUUUGGGGUAUAUGGAUACCAGAAAUUUACCAAAAAAGGUUUUUUGGAGCAUGCAAAGAAUUUCAGAUCAGAAGACGAGCAAGGACGAAUAGAAGGGAAGAAGUGCGUUGUGACAGGGGCGAAUUCUGGCAUUGGCUAUGCAACUGCAGAGGGCCUAGCUGCACGUGGAGCAACGGUGUAUAUAGUGUGCCGGAGCAAGGAGAGGGGCGAGGCAGCACGCUCAAAGAUCCAGUCUGCAACGGGCAAUAAGAAUGUCCAUUUGGAGAUUUGUGAUAUUUCUUCCAUUGCCGAUGUGAAAACUUUGGCGUCUCGGUUUCGUGCUAUGGAUGAGCCUGUGCAUAUUCUGGUGAACAAUGCCGGUUUGAUCGAGAGAAAGCGUCUCACUACCUCCGAAGGGCACGAGAUGAAUUUUGCGGUGAAUGUUCUUGGCACGUACACCAUGACCGAGCUCAUGCUGCCGUUGCUAGAAAAGGCUGCAGCCGAUGCACGUGUCAUCACGGUUUCAACAGGUGCUAUAUACACCUGUCCAUUGAUGGAAGAUCUGCAGUUUAACAGCAGGGAAUUCAACGGAGUUGAACAAUAUGCCCGGAACAAACGAGUGCAGGUGGCAUUGACAGAAAAGUGGGCAGAGGCAAAUACGGACAAGGGCAUCGGGUUCUACUCGAUGCACCCGGGGUGGGCAGAGACGCCCUUAGUUUCCAAGAGUCUGCCCGAUUUCUCAAAAUGGUUAUCGGGCAACCUUAGAACAAGCGAUGAAGGCGCUGAUACGGUGAUAUGGCUAGCCCUACAACCUAAAGAGAAGCUUGUCUCGGGAGGGUUCUACUUCGACCGGGCUGAGGCACCUAAGCACCUGCCGUUCUUAGCCACAAAGGGCUCACAUUCAGCCAUAGACUCCAUCGUAGGUAAACUCCAUAGUAUGGCCAAUUUAUAGUGAAACUAUAGUACUAUAUAUAUUAAUAUAUAUAUAUAGAGAGAGAGGUUUAAUAUCUCACUGAGGAAAAUAUGUUUGUCCAAUUCAUCAAAACUACUAAACACUAGAUAUUGAUUGAACAUUUGUUACAUUUGUAUCACUAUACACACAAAUUUUCUA